GGCUCGUGCGGUGAGUGGGAGGGGCGGGAGGCCGGAAGGUUCCAGAGGGGCCGUGGGAGCUGCCGCACGCGACAUGGCUGCAGCGCGCGAGGAGUUACUGAAAGAUUUGGAAGAAGUAAAAGAAUUGCUUACAAAGGCCACGAGGAAUCGAGUUCGUGAUGUCCUGAUGACAGAGAAACACAGGCUAGAGCUAGAAAUCAAGAAUCAGCCUCCACCGAAGCCAAAAGAUGCAGUGGAGGAAGAAAAGGUGUCACUGGGAGGGUACACGGUGAAAAUAAACAAUUAUGGUUGGGAUCAGUCAGAUAAGUUUAUUAAGAUUUACAUCUCUUUAAAUGGAGUCCAGAAGCUUCCAGCUGAGAAUGUGCAGGUGAAUUUCACAGAGAGGUCGUUUGAUCUGCUAGUGAAGAAUCUGAAUGGGAAGAACUACACCAUGACCUUCAACAACCUCCUGAAACCCAUCGCUGUGGAAGGCAGCUCUAGAAAGAUAAAGACAGACAUGGUCCUUGUGAUGUGUAGGAAGAAGCGGGAGGAAAAAUGGGAAUGUCUCACUCAAGUGGAAAAAGAAAGCAAAGAGAAAGAGAAGGCUGCCUAUGACACCUCAGACCCUAGUGAAGGGCUUAUGAACCUUUUAAAAAAGAUGUAUGCAGAAGGGGAUGAUGAAAUGAAGCGCACCAUCAACAAGGCCUGGGUUGAAAGCAGAGAAAAACAAUCCAAAGGGGACAUGCCAAUGGAUAUUUGAAAGUACUCUAAGGGUCGCCUUAAUCACCGAUCUUCCAUGUGAGACAUGCUGUGCUGCAAAGAUCAUUGUUUAUACAACCUUCUUCCAAGCAAAGACAGUCAUUUUCCAUUUCAGGUUGGAGAAAAUACUUAAAGUAGCUUAUAAAGUAUUUCCUUCAGUCAAGUGGUUCACCAUUUCCUGAAGAGCGGAGCAUAAGUAUAUCCUUACCCUACCUUGAAAAAGCCUCCGAGAUGAGUGGAGAGUGGUGAAACAGAGCAGAAUGUAAAAGUGUGAAUUUGUUUUUUUUAAAUGAGCUGUAGGGUGUAUGUUGAACUGUAAACCAAGUCACAAAGGGAGAGGUGCUGAAGAAAGUAAAACCACUAUCUCAAACACUUGACAGUGAAGCAGAAACAAUAUGGUAUUAAUCCUGUGACAUUAAAAUUACUCUCAGAAAUUAAUGACUGCUGUUUAACCUUUUGUGAAUUUUUAAAGUAAGAACAGCUCUUCAGUGGGUGCCUAUGCUGUGGCCUCCUUGAGGGGUCUUUGCAUGGCAUCAGUCACAGGAGGGCAGUAAGCUGCUAAUGCUGGCCACUGAGCUUGCCCUGGCUCUAGUGAUGUUCAAGGACAGGAGAAGCAAGCUACACUUUAUCCUAUAAAAUUUCAAGUACUUUAUGGUAAUAUAGUAAAUAUAUUGAGAUAGCUUACUCUCCAAAAUCUGACUCCACUAGGGCUGAUGGGUUGCUGUCAGUUUGCUGCAUGUGUGCCUUCCAUCUGCUUGAAGUACAAUUGUACUUGGCCUGUUCACUGCAGCCUCUCAGCCUCAGUGCAUGGGAGGGGGACAGAGCAACCAUUUCCCCUUCACUGCCCUGCUUUGAAGAAGAGUACAGGGCAAACAUGAGCUUAGCAGCAGGCUUGUUCUUAUUGUUUCCUUCCUGUGUCCUUCUCAUGUGUCUCCCAAGGACAGAUUUGUUUGAUGUUACCUUAUAAAUUAAGGAAGCCAUUACUCUCCUAUUAUUGUCUGGACUAGGAUUUGCUAUCUUAAAGCACUGGACUAAAUGGUGCACUACAAGCAGGAGAUAAAUACUAGCAUGUUGUAGUUUCUAAUGGGUCUGUUACCCACUUGGUCUGCUUUGGUAUUAUACAUAUAUUUUUGCAUAGCAAAAGUAUCUAAUUUGAGGCCAUGUUUUGUUUUCAGUUUGUGCUCACCCUUGUUUGGAAUACCACUUUGCCCUGUUGUGCAAUUCCGUUUAUGCUUUUACCCAAAUUACCAUGGUGAACUUACCGUACAAUGACAACACAACUGCUUAAACAAGCCUUGUGCUAUAUGUCUUUAUUUCUAAUGUUGCCCUGAUCACAAACCUCAGCUUAGUUCUGCAGCCCUCUGGUAGUGAUUGGUUGGGUUUUUUUUCCUCAAAAUAAAACUGCCAUAUACAGACAA